UUCGGGACGCAGGUGGCUGGCACCUCAUGUGCGGGCUAAGCUUCAGGACCAGGAACAGCCCUUCACAGAAGACGUCACUCCGAUGGGGCGACAGUUGCGCGCCUAGCGCCGCUCGCCCGUUCCCCUCGAGCGCGUAGAGUGCGUGUGACCAGUGCUCGUAGGAUUUGAAUGAGAGUGUUUUGAGGCGCGUUAAUCUGAAGUGUACCGUACUGUGAGGUGCUAAGCUCGCGGUUCAAGCAUCCUGCGGACCAGAGGAACUUUUACCACAAGGGCAGGGCACACACGAAGCAAUCAAAAUGAUCAACAUAGCGGGCGUGAUCUCCAUCAUCCUGUUCUACGUGCUGAUCUUGGCGGUGGGCAUCUGGGCAGGACGCAAGAAGCCACCCGGCAAUGACUCUGAAGAGGAGGUGAUGCUGGCCGGCAGGUCCAUCGGCCUCUUCGUGGGUAUAUUCACCAUGACAGCGACGUGGGUGGGCGGCGGGUACAUCAACGGCACGGCGGAGGCUAUCUACACGUCGGGGCUGGUGUGGUGCCAGGCGCCCUUCGGAUAUGCGCUCUCUCUCGUCUUCGGGGGCAUCUUCUUCGCGAACCCGAUGCGCAAGCAGGGCUACGUGACGAUGCUGGACCCCCUGCAGGAUUCGUUCGGUAGCCGUAUGGGGGGCCUGCUGUUCCUGCCCGCGCUCUGCGGCGAGGUCUUUUGGGCGGCUGGCAUCCUGGCAGCGCUUGGUGCGACUUUGGCGGUGAUCAUCGACAUGGACCACCGCACGUCGGUGAUCUUCAGCGCGUGUGUGGCAGUCUUCUACACGCUGUUCGGCGGGCUGUACUCGGUGGCCUACACUGACGUCAUCCAGCUAUUCUGCAUCUUCAUCGGGCUUUGGAUGUGCAUCCCGUUCGCGUGGGCCAACGACCACGUUAAACCGCUCAGCUCAAUGGAGGUCGACUGGAUAGGCAGCGUUGAUCCCAACUAUUACUGGUUCUACGCCGACUAUGGACUCCUUCUCAUCUUUGGGGGGAUACCGUGGCAGGUGUACUUCCAACGCGUGCUGAGCAGCAAGACGGCGGGGCGCGCUCAGAUCCUGUCCUACGUGGCGGCCAUCGGUUGCAUCUUCAUGGCCAUUCCGCCCGUGCUCAUCGGCGCCAUCGCAAAAGCCACGGCGUGGAACGAGACGAACUUCCACGGGGAACUGACGCCAGAGGGUGAGCUGACGUCAGACCAAACGUCGAUGAUCCUCCCGCUGGUGCUUCAGCACCUGACGCCUGACUUCGUCAGCUUCUUCGGGUUGGGCGCCGUGUCUGCCGCAGUCAUGUCCUCCGCCGACUCCAGCGUGCUCAGCGCUUCCUCCAUGUUCGCCAGGAACGUGUACAAGCUGAUCUUCAGGCAGAACGCGUCGGAGAUGGAGAUCAUCUGGGUGAUGCGCGUUUCCAUCCUUGUGGUGGGAGUGCUGUCUACAGUAAUGGCGCUCACCAUUCCUUCGAUAUACGGCCUGUGGUCGAUGUGCUCGGACCUGGUGUACGUGAUCCUGUUCCCGCAGCUGCUGAUGGUGGUACACUUUAAGCGGCACUGCAACACGUACGGCUCGCUGGCGGCGUACAUAGUGGCGCUGCUGGUGCGGCUGUCGGGUGGCGAGAAGCUGCUGGGCCUGCCCGCCCUCAUCCACUACCCUGGCUGGGACGCCGAGAACGAAGUGCAACUGUUUCCCUUCCGAACCAUGGCCAUGGUGUUGUCGCUCUUCACGCUCGCCUUCAUCUCCUGGCUCUCCGUAUUCCUGUUCAACGGCGGCUACUUGAGCCCGGAGUCCGACUACUUCAACUGCGUGGUCAACAUCCCCGAGGACAUUCGGCGCGUGGACGAACCUUCAGAGGCGGGCGAGCAGAUGUCGGUGCUGGGCGGCGUGCCGGGCCGGCUGUACGGCGCCGCCUCCACGCUUGUCGGACCAGAUGAGCGCGCCGGUCGUAUCAACCCUGCUCUCGAGCCCGACGACGACCUCGACGACCCUAACGACGGACCCACCCCCCUCUUCGGUAAUAGCAGCGCCCCCCCGCCUGUCCAGCCCUUCGGGAAGCAGACGGCCUUCUGAGACGAUCCCCUCUAUUAAGUCAAGUAGGCUAGAUGGCGACAACGCUCUUCGCCUUGUCUAUUUGAACCUCAGUAGGUCAAACAAACUGUAUACUUUUCCCGCGAUCAUAUUUUCUGUGGACGCGAAGCCUAGCAUCUCGAUGUACUUACCUGCUAACCUCGGUGUCA